AUGGAGAUUAAUGGUAAUACCCUAUUUUUCAUACUUUUUUUCAUAUUCUUCUUAAUAUCAUCGCCGAAAAAUCCUGAUGGUACAACGUCUCAAUAUGAAUCGAAACAACUAAAAAGAAUAAGGGAUCAAUUAGGCUAUGAAUUUGAGUACAUGAAAAAUAAUAUGACUUUUAAUAGUCUAGUGGGAAACAUUACUGGGUUUAGGUACUCAUACAAUGACAUGGCCUUAAAUCACAAAGAUUAUAAAACAUAUUUUCAUAAUGAUAAAAACAGUGUUGAUAAUGGGGACAAAAAUAAAGAUGAUAAAGUUAUUGGUUUCCCACUUCCUGGAAAGGAUUACACUUCUGGCUGGAAAGCUUUUAGCAGUGAUUCACAAAUAUUGCCCCAGUACAUUUUAGACAAAGUUAAAAAUAGCAUAUGGCAAGAUGAUAAGGAUGAUACUAGUGAUGGCGAAUAUCCUUGGAAUAUAAGUUCGUAUCUAAGGGGGAGUCUAAAUUUAGAAUCACAUGAUGAACAAAACACAAUACACAUGCCAGUACCUAAAUAUUUUCAAGGCACUAAAAAUAAUUUUGAUUAUUUAGAUGAUACAGACGCUGGUGAUGGUUCUAUUAACGAUGAUUUGGCUUUGAUACUUGACACACCACCCUAUGGUGAUUUUUUUAUGAAUGACACUACAUUAUUUGAAGAAAAAUUAAAAAAAAGAUUAAAUGUGAGCAGUGUUUCAAAUAAAAGUAAGUUGACCUUUUCUAUUGACCAGCUUUUCACGUUUAAUGAUCGUUGGAAAUUUUUAAAUUUAAAUUGUAGACUAGAUUCCUAUUUCCGCGAUACCCUAAUUUUUAAAGGAUUAUAUGAUAAAAAGUAUGGCAAAUUGUUCAUUUAUACCCAAAGUGCAAAAUUUCAUCCCCUUUUUGUGUUACCACACUACUACUUGGGCUGUUCUGAAACGGAAUUUAAUGAGUUGAAAAAAUUUGUUGAGUAUCAUUGGAAUGAAACGGAUUACUUGACCAGUUUUAAAAUGAAUGAUUUUAAAAACUGGUACAAAAGAUCAAUGGAAACUUGCGAAUUUGUUGGAUUUUUUCAACUUGAAAAAUGGGAUGGAUACGAUUCUGCAAAAUCAGAGUUAUUGGAAAAAGAGCUACAGAACCCUACUGGCAGACCGAUUAACGUUAAAAAAACACCCUUGCUAAACGUGUCCAAGGGUAUACUAUAUUCCCCGGACUGUGGUGAUUAUUAUAACUUGGGCGAACUAAUGGGCGAAAGAAAGGAAAUUUUCCAAAUUAAAACAAGACAUGAUCUUUUAAUAUUUUUCAUGAUACCCUUUGUUUUGGAAAUAUAUUUUUUCUUGGUCCAGAUGGUUUUCACCAACACGCCUUCCAAAACAAACAAAAUUUCAAGAACUAUGAUCGAUAUAAUAAACAUGACGGAUGGGGCAUUUGCAUUCUUGUUUAUUUUAGGCACUGUGAUAACUCAAGCGCUUUUCACAAUUGACAUUUUGAUUUCCUUUUUAAUCAGUGUUUUAGCAUUUAUUUUUGAAUACAUGUACAUGUGCUGCAUAAUAAUGUCACAAAGCACUGAGAGACGGAUAAGCUGGGUGAGAAUUAUAACUCGAUGGCUGCGAAGAAGAAGAGAGAGUUCUGGCACCUCGAAUGGUUCCGGUGUCGAAACCACAAAUGACAAUGAUACCGACCCACCGCUAAUUAUUCCUGAUGAACAGGCUACUCAACUGAGUGUUCGUAAAAGAAGCUUGAUUAAGCUUGUAAUUUUGCUAAUGGUUAUGCUGCCAAUCUUUACCAAGUCGUAUGACACACGGAAAGUUUUCGAGUAUGUUGGUGUUACUCUUGCUAAUUCUUAUAUGGUUCCUCAGAUUUUAAAAAAUUGUGUUGCCAGUGUUAACAAUAAUAAUGUCGUUGCUUCUUUAAACAAUUCUGUUAGCUCGCCAGAUCAGUACCCUUUCAAUUUUUUUUAUUUUAUCGUUGGAUUUAGUUUGGCUAGGUUAAUACCAUAUUAUUACCUAUACGGAGUUGCAUCAAACUCUUUUUAUCACCAUACAAACUACAAAUAUUUAUUUAUAUUAACGGGCUGGGUUGUUUUUCAAAUAAUAGUAUUAUACAUUCAAAAGAGAUAUGGCGGAAAUUCUAUUAUACCUAAGUUUAUUGUAAAGAAAUUGGAUAAAAUUCUCGAUAUAGGUAAACUUUAUGAUUACCAUCACAAAUUAUCAAGACAGGUUUUUGAAGAAAAUGGCAGAGUGUUUGAAUGCCCAAUUUGUAUGAAUGAAGAUGACCCAAUAAUUAUGCCAGUUGAGAUGGAACAAGAGGAUAAUAACCCAGCGAUUAAUCGAGAACAGCAAGAGGGAGGAGAAGAUAAUGAUGCUGAUGGAAAUGAAAAUACACCUUUAUCAUCCACUUCUAAAUGUAAAUCGGGUUCAAUUGCGACAGAUAGUACCAAUGUCACUACUGACAUUCAAGAUUACAUGAUAACGCCGUGUGAUCAUGUUUUCCAUUCCAAGUGUUUGAUUACUUGGAUGAAUCGUAAAUUGCAAUGUCCGGUGUGUAGAGCACCUUUGCCUCCAUUAUAG